AUGGAGACAUUGGUACCUGCGCUCCUCUACCUGCUAUUUCUUCUGGGUCCUGCAUUCACCCAGGAGAACCAAAUCCGGCCUUACUCUCUGACCUUCCUUUAUACUGGGGUGUCCAAGCCCAGUGAAGGCUUCCCCAGGUUUCAGGCUAUCGCUUACCUCAAUGACCAGGCCUUCUUCCGCUACAAUAGUGAAAGCAAGAAGGCUGAACCCCUGAGCCCCUGGAGUGAGUUGGAAGGAAUGGAGGACUGGGAGAAAGAGAGCCGACUGCAGAAGUCCAGGGAAGAAAUCUUCAUGGUGACCUUGCAAGACAUCAUGAGCUAUUACAAGGACAAAGAAGGGUCUCACACCUUUCAGGGAAUGUUUGGUUGUGAGCUGCGGAACAACAAAAGCAGUGGCGCAUUCUGGAGGUAUGCCUACGACGGACAAGACUUCAUCGAGUUCAACAAAGAAAUUCCCGCCUGGGUCCCCUUGGACCCAGCAGCCCAGAACACCAAGAAGAAAUGGGAGGAGGAGAAAGUCUAUGUGAAGCUGGCCAAGUGCUACCUGGAGCAAGAGUGUCCUGAGAUGCUGCGGGAGUACCUGAGAUACAGCAAGACUCACCUGGACCAACAAGAUCCUCCUUCUGUGUUAAUCACUCGACACACGGCUCCAGGAAAAAACAAGACGUUCAAGUGCCUGGCCUAUGACUUCUAUCCGCGAGGAAUUGGUUUGCGUUGGACCCGGGCCAACGAAGAACAGACGUCUGAGUCGGCGGGAGAUGUACUUCCCAGCGGGCCUGGCACCUAUCAGUUCUGGGCGGUGGUGGAAGUCCCUCCUGAGGGUGAAGCGCCCUACGUCUGCCACGUGGAGCACAGCAGCCUGGUGCAGCCCCUCACUGCAACGUGGAAUGGAACACAGGAAGCCGGGGCGAAGGCAACGAGGGCGCUCAGCCUUCUCCUUAGCCACCCUUUCUGCUUCCACGAGAAAGAAAACUUCAGCAUUAAUCCCAGCACCGUCACUGAGGGAAGCAGCUCAAGGAAACAGUGA